AUGGACACUCUCCCAGAAAAGCUUCUCAAAUUCAAGUUCCCCAUACUAAUUGCAACCAUUUCAACCCUUUUUAUUGGGCUUUUUAUUUACCUCGCCCCAAGUUUUAUUGAUAUUGUCAAGUAUUUCUGGCCGCUGUUGGUCUCCACGGCUAUGUUUCUGGCCGCCAUCGUGGUGUUUGGCCGGAUAUCUCCGCCACCUCAUGCGGAGGUUUCCGGCGACAAAGCCGGAGAAGGGAUUUUAGACUUCGUGGCUGGGCCGCCGGAGAAUAGUUUACAACCCCAAUUCAAUGAAGUAUAUGAAGGUGAAGCAGAGGAGGAAGAUGAAGUCGCACUUCGAGAAGCCGCCGCCGCGGCAGCCAAAGCUAAAGGAAAAGCCAAAAGUGAUGACGAGUAA